ACGGUACGGGGUCCCCGAGGCAAAACAAACAAAGCAUUGUGGGAAAUCCAAUAUGGCUGCCAACAUGAKAAGAGUUUCUGUUGUCGAGAGUGGGAAGUUUUUACAGAGAUGCAUAUCCUCUAUAAGGAUGAAAAAUACUUGUCUACAGUUAAGGUCUCUGAAUAYUGCACAGUCUUCGGAAGAAACAACUCAUUUUGGUUUUGAGACCGUGACAGAAGAGGAAAAGACAGAAAAAGUUUAUAAAGUGUUUGAAAAUGUGGCUAACUCGUAUGAUUUAAUGAAUGAUGCAAUGAGUUUUGGAAUCCAUCGUAUUUGGAAAGAUAAGUUUAUGAGAGUAUUGAAUCCUCUUCCUGGAACACAACUAUUAGAUGUUGCAGGAGGCACAGGAGAUAUCGCAUUUAGAUUUUUAAAACACACAAGUAGAUCAAGAUCAACAUCAAUUUUAAAUGAUAAAGACACAUGGGUGACAGUCUGUGACAUCAAUAAAAAUAUGCUUGAAGUUGGAAAGGAAAAGGCCCGAAAACUGAAUUUCACAACAGGUAUGUCUUGGUUGGUUGGUGAUGCACAGAAUCUUCCUGUCAAAGACAAUACUUACGAUGCUUAUACUAUUGCCUUUGGAAUACGAAAUGUCACAAGAAUACAGGAGGCAUUAGAAGAAGCCUAUAGAGUUCUUUGUCCAGGAGGGAGAUUUCUUUGCUUGGAGUUCAGUGAAGUACAAAAUCCUGUUAUAUCCAGUUUAUAUGACAAAUAUUCAUUUAAUGCCAUACCUGUCAUGGGCCAAGUUCUAGCAGCUGAUUGGAAGUCGUACCAAUAUCUUGUAGAAAGUAUUCGGCAAUUUCCAAAUCAGGUGGAGUUUGCUGAAAUGAUCAAAGAUGCAGGAUUUAGCCAUGUUACAUAUGAAAAUUUAAAUUUUGGAAUAGCGGCUAUCCAUUCUGGUUUUAAAAUUUGAUUAUCAAUGCAACCAAUAGAUAGAAUAAUAUAAAUCCUAAACCACUUGUAAUGUACAGUGUUGUAUGCUUGGCUUUCACACUUGAAUGAAUAUACUAGUCUCCAUAGCAACAAAAACAUAAAUAUUUUAUUGAUCAUUUUUUCAUUACAAUAUUGCAAAAUCAGUCUAUACAUUUCAAGAUAAACUAAAAUAAAUUAUUUCUUGACG